UGUUAUUUUAGUGCCCAGUGUUACAGUGUGUGUAAGUGCUAUAGCCGGCAGGGAAACCCGAACCUUAGUGAUUCCCGGUUAUUUUAUGCCUUAGAUCAUGUAAGGAUAUUUCUUUGUUCAGCAUAAACUCUUUCAAACCAUGACAAACAAGUUGAAAGCACCUAAAGAAUGCAAUCAUGGCAAUCGAACAAGCACGCAUCAGCAAGUAGCAUCCGGCUCGAUAUCUCGCCAGAUAAUUCAUACAUCGAUUACAAUGCAAACAAACCCAAGUCGCAAAGCCGCUGAUAUCACGCCGCUUCAAAACCCAAUAAACUGUGCGCAGUCGUGGUUUGAGUGCGAUCUGUAACGGACAGAAGCUUGUGAUUUAAAGGAACCAGUCACCUCAACACGUGUCAAUUUCAAAUGGCUACAAUGUACAAAACAAUGCAAACGGCUAUUCUCGGUGGAAACGUUGAUCAAUUAAAGGAGAUUUUUACGCGCAACAGCAACGAUGCGGAUUGUCAUGCGCAAUUGUCUCGUGCGUACGCCGAAUUGAAACAUCGUAACAUACCCUUAUCGGACGAAAUGAUACACUUUGUCGAGUACGAGCUGGUGAAGGCAAGCUAUCGGAACGCUGCAAUUGCUUAUCAAGGUGGCGAAAGCAGCUCCACCACCAAGAGCAUGGAUGUAGCGCAGCAGCGCAUUGCGCACAUGGUGAAGUGCAUUGAUCUGAUUGUGUGCCAGCACCAGGUGGACUCGUACACAGAUGUGGAUGAUCUGCUGGUGCUUCGUCUGCGGCAUGUUUACGCGCAUGUGUUCUUUCUGAAAACACAUCUACGCAAGCUGCCACUGCUGCAGAUGCAGUUUUGUAUUGCCGUGUUCUUAAAGCUGGUUACGGGUCAAGCGAUCAAUGGGUUCGAAAUUUACGCCUUUACCAUCGAUAUAGAACGACUGAUUCGCUUUUUAAAACUGAUUCGAAAUGCCUUGACCAAUGAACAGAAGCCGGCGAUCGAUCUGCAAUGUUACGUACAAUAUGUUCAACAAGUAUGGCAUUCUGCUGCCGGAAAGCAGCUCGCUAGCGUGCCGAAACGCAUUCGAACUUACAUACAGAUGCAGUUAAACAGUUUAAAUAGAUCCACAUUGGAGAGCUUAAAAAGGGAUAUUCCUUUUGAAAAAUUGCCACUGCCAGUGCAGCAAACGCUAAAAGCUCAGUAUGAGAAAACUAUAGAUUGGGAUCAUCGAAAGCGAUCGAGAGCAACGUUUAAAGAAUUGUACGAAACAUACUACAUCAUGAAGCAACACUUUUCCAUCCGCAAGGUGCUCAAGUACAUCGACGGCAUAAGGGAAGAUGCCUGCAGUGAUCCUCCGCACAUGCACCGGCCCAUUCCCUCGCCGGUACGUAUACGGGCGAUUAAACGCACACUGCAAGUGAUCGGAGAGAUGAUCAAAAGUACGCGCGAGUCGCCCAACAUCACGGUAAAACUCGAUCGCAUCCUGCAGCUGAUCACGUCGGAAGUGCUGGCCGAGCGAACGAAAGAUUUGAGGCAAUUCUUUAGCCAUGGCUAUUCGCUUGCCAAACUAGAACUGGAAGCAGAAAGCUGCGAUCAGAUCGGGUUGGUGUUUCAGAAAAUAGAAACUAACCUACGAGAAGCUCGCCGGUGGUUUGUGUACACACAGACGCAACAGAAUCUACUCAUUUACCGCCGCUAUUUGGCGUACUUGAAGAGCUUCAAAACGAUCGAAGCACUGCGCAGCUACAUCGCUUUCGUUGGCACGGAAUUCAAAGGCAAACUGAUAGAAACGUUCCGCCCCGAGCAGCUGACCGAAGCUAAGCUGCUGAUACAGCACAUGCUGGACUCUUCGAAGCCCUCCGAGCUGCUUAACACGGCCACCCGAACCGAUCUGGAGUACAUCGGCAAAGAGCUACAGCUCCGCAUCGAUGUGAUACGCGCAGAGAACGCGACGCUUGGGCGCACGAUCGAUGAUUUUUUCCUGCUGGAAAGUUAUAUCCGCCAACCGUCGUCGUCACUGGAGCGCGUACGACAAAUCGCCGACUGGAUACUAUCCCGCACCGAACUUGCCAAGCGCCACAAGCUGGUGCAGAAAACGGAUUUGAUGUACGCUCGGGAGCUGUUGGCGCAUCUACAAAUGGGUGAAACGGACGAAACGCGACGCUACAUGUGGGGCGCCAUCUGGACCCGGCUGGCUAAGGAACAGUUCAGUGGGUUGGAUACGCUGCUAGGCCGUACCGAGCAGCGAUCCGAUGUAGCCCUGGAUGUGACGGUAAAAACGAUGCAAUCGCUUAACCUUCCGCUCGACGACGACGAGUACGUGCAGUUCGUAAACCGUCGCCUAGCCAAAAGCUACUACCAGAAUGUGUUUGUGCUAGAUAACAAGUACCGGGUGUUGAAAGAGAUAGUGAAGGAUCGCCGUGCAGGCCGGCAGGACAAUGUGCGGGAUGUGUUGGAGCGAUUGAAGAACCUUCGCAAAACAGACGAACAAGUGCUUCAGCGAAUGUUUGACGGGCUGCUUGACACUAUGGAGCAAAUUUUAAGCCAUUCCGACCGUUUGACGGGCAGCUUAGCUUCCCAGACGGAUGAACAAGCGCUGGAGUACUGCCUACUGGAAGCUGCUGAAAUAGUUUGCAACUUGAGCGUGUUUCGUGACAACAUGAGCGACCUAGCGAUGACCGUACCAGUGAUAACGGGGCGAAACCUGCGAAACUAUUUGGCUCAUGACUUUCUAGCGUACGAUACGCUUACGCCCUGCACCAAGGCGGUUGUACAAAAUGCACGCUACUUAGUUGAAAAUCGGUUGAAAUUGUAUGGUACUGCAACGGAUAAAGUGGCACCGUGUAAGGGACAACCGAGAGCUGUUAAUGAGCAGGCACAAUUUGCAGAAAUAUUUCAACGACAAACCGAAUGGACAAUGGAGCAGGAAGAGUUUUUCGGAAUCGUCACCAACUUUCACACGCAUACCUUAGAGCAGCGGCUUCGGGAGCCGGAAUCAAACGUGGCCAAUCUGCUGCUCAUGAGCCGUACGUGUCUCGAUCGGGAAGUAGUGUCGGUAGCGCUGGAAGGGAAUCCGGACCGCUUUAUAGCUCAACUGCUGGACUAUCGGCCGAACGGGUUGAACCUUUUCUAUCUUCUAAUAAACUAUUUCCACGACACGGAGCUCAUCAAAAAGAUAGAAAUACUGAUCGGCAGCCCGCAGGUGUUCUGUGCUCGAUUGGCAUUAAAGUACGGAUUGAUUGAUGCGGUACAGGCGCUAUGGCAUAAAACAAGCGAGGAUGCAAUGAAACAGUUAAUGAGCACGGAACUGUCCUCCAUUUUCGUGCGACAUUCUGCCACUUUUGUACAACAGCUUUUACGCUUAUUGCCAUCGGAAUGGUUUCUGGAUUUGAAAGAUCACCUAGGUAACACGGUUCUUCAUUGGGCGGUUUUACGUGGAGAUUUGGAGCUGUUGCAGUUUGUGAUGCUGCGGUAUAAGAACCUGCUGAAAGCAAAGAAUGCAUUCGGUGAUCUCCCAUUGCUGAUCGCUGUUCGAUACCAUGACGACGUGAUCGCGGAAAUGCUACUCGAUCACGGUGCGGAUCCUUGGAUUGAGCCGAAAGUCGUGCAAACUGUAGCGAUGCGUAACGGUUGCCAGCUACUGGACCGAUUUCCAGCAGACAUAGGUCGAAUCGUAGCUGCCCAGAUGGACGCUUUCCUUAACAAUCCACUCCGGGCAGCCAUUGAGGAGAAUAAUUAUGAAUUGUCCUUGACGCUGCACCUGCAAUUCGGGUACGAUGUACAGCGAGGAGAACUGCUUCAUCUAGCGGCUCGUUUAAACAGGAUACACUUUCUACGCUACCUGUUGGCGAAUGAUAACAUAGAUCGAAACUUUUCGGUCGAUUCCAUCAGUAGCGAAUAUUGUUUCACUCCCUUUAUGGUUGCAUGCGCUACGGGACACUAUGAAGCAGCGCAACUGCUGCUGCAGAAUGGUGCGAAUGGUUUGUUUCAAAAUGAAAACAACUACACGGCCUGGCACUGUGCCGUGCAUGGUGGGAAACGGAGCAUCCUAUCGCUGGUUCUAUCGAUUCCGCAUCUUGACGUAAAUACGAUCACAAAAGAUAAACGAUCAGCCUUAAGUAUUGCGAUCGAUACUGAUCAAACGUCGUACCAGAUCAACUAUUUGCUAACAACCGCUGGAGUAACGGUACGACCAGAGCACGUGCUGCAUGCCUGUCUGCUCGGAAAGAGAGAUAUUUUAAAGCUGCUCAUAGAUCGUCAGCCGGACUACCUGUCCGCGACGGACUUCCUACAGCGCAGCCCACUAAUGAUAGCGGUAAUUUCGAACGAUCGCUCUAUGGCACAAUUGCUGCUCGAACGGGGUGCAGAUCGUAAUGCAAAGAACAUUCUCGGCAUGAAUUGUUUGCACAUGGCGGCACUGAACAAUUUGACCAGCAUCUCGAAACUGCUGUUGGACGAUGCGCAGGUUGAUCAUGAGGCGGAAGACAAAUUUCGCCGCACACCACUGGUAGUCGCACUGGAAGCUGAACAUUUGACGAUCGCUGAGCAGCUGAUACAGCGUGGCGCUAGGCUGCAGAGUGCAUAUAAUUAUCGGUUCCAACAGCAUCGUAAUGCAACGCUGCUGCACAAAUUUACCAUCGAAAAACGGCCCAGAAUGGUUGAGUAUUUGGUGAAGAAACUACACUUUCCCACGGAUUUGGUGGACGAUGAUGGUAAAACAGCGGAUAUGAUUGCGGGAGAUAGUGGUGAGGAUGGAAAUAAUUGAAGCAACAUACAAAUGAAGUACAUUUGAAAGAACUGAUAAUAAAAAUAAAAUGAUUCGCGUUGGAAAUAGAA